GCUGUUCACAAAACAUUGCAAUCGCAUUUUCAAUUGGAAUAAAAUGAUGAUUUAAUUGCAAUCUGUGCAUAUUCAAUUAGUACGAGAACAACAUUAAAGCUAGCGUAGCGAAAGCUGCUUUCGAACUGCACUUGUAGUUGUAGUUGUUGUUGUUGUUGUUGUAGCCCGAACUAAGCAACACAUCCGCCUUACGUGCCCGAACUGCAUCAGUUGAAACAAAUAGCGAGCGUUGCCACACCUCAAAAAUGGAUCGCAAGGCUGAGCUGGAGCGCAAGAAGGCCAAAUUGGCAGCACUGCGCGAGGAGAAGGAUCGACGUCGCCGCGAAAAGGAGAUUAAAGACAUGGAAGAGGCAGCCGGACGCAUUGGCACCGGCACCGGCAUUGACAAGGAUCAGCGCAAAGAUUUGGAUGAAAUGCUGUCCUCGCUGGGCUUUGCGCCCGUCUCUGAGGUGCUCUCCUCGCUGUCUUCGGCCAAUUCGCUGACAUCCGAUAAUUCCAAUACACAAACGCCAGAUGUUAGCUUGCAGGCCAACGUCAACGGACAGGGCGCCGGCAAGAAACAGCCACUGAAUCUGAGCGUUUACAACGUGCAGGCCACAAACAUUCCACCAAAGGAGACACUCGUCUAUACGAAACAAACACAGACCACCAGCACCGGCGGACACGAGCGUGAUGGAUAUAUGGAGGACUGGUGGCGUCCACGUAAAGCUCAUGCUACGGAUUAUUAUGAUGAAUACAAUCUUAAUCCGGGUUUAGAGUGGGAGGAUGAAUUCACAGUGCUUGCAUUUGAUGCCCAAGGAGACGACGAAGAGAGCUCGCUGCCACAUCUGGAUCAUGGCUUUAGUUCCAAGCUGCCGCCUGGCUAUCUCACCCACGGACUGCCGACAGUCAAGGAUGUGGCCCCAGCCAUAACACCGCUCGAACAGAAGAAGGAGCAGGAGGAGAAGAAGGAGGUCAAGGAACUGUCGGAGGAGCAAAAGCAAAUGAUCAUAUUAUCGGAGGACUUUCAGAGAUUCGUAUUGCGUGCCGGACGCGUCAUUGAGCGCGCCCUCUCCGAGAACGUGGACAUCUAUACGGAUUACAUUGGAUGCGGCGACAACGAGGAGGCGAACGAUGAGCGCUCCCACGCGCGCCUAUCGCUGAAUCGUGUCUUCUAUGAUGAGCGCUGGUCAAAGAAUCGCUGCAUCACCAGCAUGGAUUGGUCAACGCAUUUUCCGGAACUGGUUGUCGCCUCCUAUCACAGCAACGACGAGAGCCCCAAUGAGCCGGACGGCGUUGUGAUGGUCUGGAAUACAAAAUUCAAGAAGCAAACGCCCGAGGAUGUCUUCCACUGUCAGAGCGCCGUGAUGUCCACAUGCUUUGCCAAAUUCAAUCCCAAUUUAAUACUAGGCGGCACAUACUCUGGCCAGAUUGUGCUCUGGGAUAAUCGUGUCCAGAAACGCACACCCAUACAGCGUACACCCCUGAGCGCCGCGGCGCACACACAUCCCGUCUAUUGCCUGCAAAUGGUGGGCACACAGAAUGCCCAUAAUGUUAUCUCGAUAUCGUCGGACGGUAAGCUGUGCUCCUGGUCGCUGGACAUGCUAUCGCAGCCGCAGGAUACGCUCGAGCUGCAGCAGCGCCAAUCGAAGGCGAUCGCCAUCACAUGCAUGGCCUUUCCGGCCAAUGAGAUCAACAGCCUGGUCAUGGGCAGCGAGGAUGGCUAUGUCUAUUCGGCCUCGCGGCACGGCCUGCGUUCGGGCGUCAAUGAGGUAUUCGAACGGCAUUUGGGUCCCAUAACGGGCAUCUCAACGCAUUAUAAUCAAUCGUCGCCGGACUUUGGUCAUCUGUUCCUAACCUCAUCGAUCGAUUGGACAAUUAAGCUGUGGUCCCUCAAGGACACGAAACCCUUGUAUUCGUUUGAGGAUAACUCCGACUAUGUCAUGGAUGUCGCCUGGUCGCCCGUUCAUCCCGCUCUGUUUGCUGCUGUCGAUGGUAGCGGUCGCCUUGAUUUAUGGAACCUCAAUCAGGAUACCGAAGUACCGACAGCAUCAAUUGUUGUCGAUGGUGCGCCAGCGCUGAAUCGCGUCUCCUGGACACCAUCUGGCCUCCAUGUGACCAUCGGCGAUGAGUCCGGCAAGCUCUAUGUCUACGAUGUCGCUGAGCAUCUGGCGCUGCCGUCGCGCGAUGAAUGGUCCCGUUUCAAUGCUACCCUCAAUGAGCUCAAGAUGAAUCAGAACGACGAGGUCUAAUCCCAACGUUUACAGAACACGCUUUCGUCUAAACAAAAAUCUUUGGUGUGCAUUGCCAAGGGAUAGGGGGGGGAGCUGGGCGUAUAUUUAUCUAUAUGUAUAUCUAUGCAUAUUUAUAUUUAUAAAUGUGCUCCAAUUUUCUAUUGAUUGUGUUAAGAGCUUGGCUUUAAUUUUGUACGCGUUGUAAUUCAACUCGUUUUCUUUAUUUUGCGCUUUCCACCCAUAAUCCACCCAUUUUCCGCAAUGCGGCCAAGCAAAGAGCUUAAAAGCUUUUUGGUUU